CCUGCACAUGGCUGUGACCUCGCCACAGCCCCACUUCCUCCAUCUAUCCCCUUGAGCUGCCAAUUUAUGAGCUGGUGGGGGUCAGUCAUUUAGUAGCUAAUCCCUUAGACAGGUGUCCACCCCCACCCCGCCCAAUCACCCCUAAACAGGAAAGGCCAGGGAGCUUUGGAUCAGAUGGGUUUUUCAAGGUUUGGGAUUAGUGCACUCAGAUUAAGCAAGGUUUGGGAAGGCACAGAAAGGAACAUUUGUUUGGAAGGUGCUAGAGAAUCUAUGGCCCUUGCUGGGAAAGGCUGACAGAGUGAGCUGGGGAUAGGCCACCCCACACCUCUGCUCACAGUUCCACCACCCCUGGCCUGGGCUUCCAGAGCAUGCAGCCCUGCCCCUCACCAGAGUCCUGGCACCAAAGCCACACUGUGGGGCCAGCCCCCUGCCUACCCCUCCCUCUCCCUCAGGUACCCACCAGGCUGGUCCUUCCCAGGAUCCUGUCCCUGGCCCUCCUGGUUUACAAUGUGCCAGCUCCCUGGUAGGCAGACAGACCCUCCUGAGGCUCAGUCAUGAAGUAGGCCUCUGGGUGGCCCUCCUGGAGCAGGAGGGGACCUGGGCUGUGCCUGAGCAGAAGGCUAGGGCCAACAUCCAGAGGGCUAGAAGGCAGAGAAGCAGAGCGCAUGUCUGUCAGGCAGCCCCUUGGCCCAGUGGCUGCCAGGACUACCUGUCCCCAGCUGCCACACACCCAGCCCUUCCCACAGGAAACACGGGGCUGGGAGGGCGGGGUUGAGUGGAAGCAGCUGGGCUAGGUGCUACAGGGUGCAACUGGAUAGGGCGCUUAUCGCAGUGGGCUUCCUCAGAGGCCAGCCAGCCAGCUGCCCCAGGGCAUCUGGGGGGCAUAAAAGUCCCUCUGGCAGAAGCCACCCCAGCUCUCCUGUCCUGCUGUAUAGCCCCAGAGGAUCUGACACGAUGCUGCAGACUCUGCUGAUCAGCUCCCUCCUUGUCCUGCUCAGGAUGUCCCUAGGCUGGGCCCAGGUCCCCAUCCAGGACAACUUCGAUGCUGUUAAGUUCCAGGGCAUCUGGUACAUAGUCGGGGCUGUGUCAGAUGACCAGAGCUUCCAGGAUUCCAAGGAUGACAUGAAGAUGCCCAUGGUUUUAGUGACCCUCUUGGCCAAUGGCGACCUGGAUGUCAAGUUUGGGUACCCCACGCCGGACGGUGGGUGCCAGAAGAUAGACACGACCUUCAGCAAGGGUGCAGUGGAUGGGCAGUUCAGCAACCCAGCUAUGGCCCAGACUGACAUCCGCGUGCCUUUCACGGACUACAAGAACUUCGCCGUGGUGUACUUCGAGACUCAGAAGGGGGACGUGCGGAACGUCUGGCUGCAGCUCUACGUCCGCGUCCCGGAGCUGUUUCCUGAAGGUGCCCAGAAGAUGCAGCUCCUGGCACCCCGCGUGGGCCUGAACCCCAGCCAGGGCGCCAUGCUACCCAAGUCAGACCAGUGUGCCGGGGCGCUCUCCCAGUGAGGGAUCCGGCCCCGGAGUUCCCGCAGGGCUCUUGCCCCGUUUGUCUCCACAGCCCCCCAAGCACAAUAAAUGGUGUGUGAAAGCCA